UCCACCCCCGCCCUCUUGAUGAGUUUGGCGUUCCCCACAUGGUUGGUUAUCUCGAGAGGCAACCAUCAUCCCAUCAUAUCAUCCUAUGCACAAGAAGUAAUGAUGUACAUUUUUUUUCAAGCAAGUUUCCUUUGGUAGUUAAAAUGGCCCCCGCUCGCCUCUCAAAGCCGGAUGAGCAAAUGGAGUUUGCUCCUCCAUUCUAUCCAUUCUAUCGACAUCCCUGGGGUGUAAUAUUCACGGAAAGAGAGGAUGGGGAUGGGGGAUGGUCGCGUCUUUGUGUGUGUCAAUCUAUCGUAAAUUUCAAUCACGCAACAAACCUAUUCAAAUGGAUCAAAAUGGUGCUGCUACGCUACAUAAACAUUUUCGCCUGUUUCUAGGAGGUCGUGGUAUCAAAAACAUGUAUGAUUAGAGAGAGGAGAGGCAUUGAUGGAUGGCGCUUGGAGGGGGGGUCCAGCUUUGUUAUUUUUUCCAUUCUCUCGAUCCGAACUCAUGUUGCCGGGAUGGAAGCCUCGAGGUUUGUCUUAAAGGACUACUGUGAAGCUGUGAAGCUGUGAAGCUGUGAAGCUGUACGGGCCAUCCAUACCCCGCAUGAAAUGAAUAAUGUUGGUCGCAAUGUACUCCGUACAUACGUGUGUAGUUGUGUAUGAUGAAAUAAUUAACUUUAACUAAACUAGC